CUUGCAGAUCCGAUGAUUGCGCAAAACGAGCCGCCACCAUGGCUGGACGAUUUGCGGCAUAUCAAGGAACAUUAUGUGGACAUGUUCCACAGCAUGGACAUCCUCAACGUGUUGCCAGACCAGAAGGCAGCAGUAUUCCGCGUGGUGUCCAGGCUGCCAAGUCGGCGCGAAUUGGAGGUCUUGCUCAACGACAGCUGCUUCGAAGUCCAGUCUGAUUCACAGGCAAGUCUGGUUGGCUCAAAGCUUGAGUCCUUUGAGCAGCUUCUGAGUGCCAUGGACGGAGCCGAUGCCUUUGGGUCCAGGCAAGGUGCAACUGAGUGCCUUUCACCAAUUGGUGCUAGCACCAUGGCCCAAACAGGCUUUGCGACCUUGUCAGCCAGCAGCUUGCCGGGCUCAAGGAUGAUUCUGCGUCGCCUUGAACCCGACCGGAGCAAAAUGUGGCGGUGCUCAAAUUGUACAUACGGUGCCAUGCUAGAUGGUAGACUGCUUUUGAGGAGGCUUGAGUGCUUUGAGG